AUGGACGACCUCAUCGCCUCGCCCCACCCAGAGGGGCGCGACAACGAGCCCACAGAGACCCUCCGCAAGCGUCUCGUGUACGAGUCGCGCAAGCGCGGCAUCCUCGAAAUGGACCUCAUCCUCAGCACUUUCGCAAACGACCGCCUCGCCGUCAUGAACGAUCGCGAGCUGCGCGAAUACGACCGCUUCCUCACCCUCCCCGACUGGACCAUCUUCUACUACGUGACGGGCAAGGCCGAGGCGCCCGAACCCUGGCGCUCGUCCGAGGUCCUCGGCGAGCUCCUCCACCACUCGGCCAACAAGGGCAAGAACGUGCGCCGCAUGCCCGACCUCGACGUCAAGUAG